AUGGCCCAACGAUCCUCUAUCACCAUCAAGUCAGGGGGCACUCGGAACUUCAGUACUUCCUCAGCGAACUUCCUCCCGGGGUGCCGGACCAGCUUCAGCUCUGUCUCCAUGACCCAGGGCGGGAAGAGAUUUGGAGGUGGCUUUGGGGGUGGCUUUGGAAGCAGGAGUCUCCAUGGCCUUGGGGGCAGCAAGAGAAUCUCCGUCAGUGGGGGCUACCGCUCCAGCCGGGGCAGCUUCGGUGGCGCUGGCUAUGGGAUGGGUCUUGGCGGCAUAGGGUACAGAGUAGGAGCCUGCAGCGGGUAUGGAGGUGGGAUGAUGCCUGGAUCUGGGGGCAUCCAGGAGGUCACUGUCAACCAGAGCCUCCUGACGCCGCUGCACCUGGAGAUAGACCCCUCCCUUCAGCGGGUGCGGAAGGAGGAGCGGGAGCAGAUCAAGACCCUCAACAACAAGUUCGCCUCUUUCAUCGACAAGGUGCGGUUCCUGGAGCAGCAGAACAAGGUCCUAGAGACCAAAUGGAGCCUCCUGCAGGAGCAUAAAACCACCAGGGCCAACAUUGAGCCCAUGUUUGAAGCCUACAUCAACAACCUGAGGCGGCAGCUGGACAGCCUGGGCGGGGAGCGGGCAAGGCUGGAGACGGAGCUGAAGAACAUGCAGGAUGUGGUGGAGGACUUCAAGAACAAGUACGAAGAUGAAAUCAACAAGCGCACAGUGGCGGAGAAUGAGUUUGUGGUGCUCAAGAAGGACGUGGAUGCCGCCUACAUGAACAAGGUAGAGCUGGAGGCCAAGGUGGAUGCCUUAAUGGAUGAGAUCAACUUCCUGAAAGCUUUCUACGAAGCGGAGCUGGCUCAGCUUCAGGACCAGAUCUCUGAGACCUCCGUGAUCCUGUCCAUGGACAACAACCGCAAUCUGGACCUGGACAGCAUCAUCGCCGAGGUCAAGGCCCAAUAUGAGGACAUCGCCAACCGCAGCAGGGCCGAGGCUGAGUCCUGGUAUCAGACCAAGUACGAGGAGCUGCAGCGGUCUGCUGGCCGGCACGGGGAUGACCUCCGCACCACCAAGAUGGAGAUCUCUGAGCUGAACCGGCUGAUGCACAGGCUGCGCUCUGAGAUUGAUAACCUGAAGAAGCAGUGUGCCGCGCUCCAGGCCGCCAUCGCUGAUGCUGAGCAGCGUGGGGAGCUGGCCCUCAAGGAUGCCAAGCACAAGCUGGCCGAGCUGGAGGAGGCCCUGCAGAAAGCCAAGCAGGACAUGGCCAGGCAGCUGCGUGAGUAUCAGGAGCUGAUGAAUGUCAAGCUGGCCCUGGACAUCGAGAUCGCCACCUACAGGAAGCUGCUGGAGGGCGAGGAGUGCAGACUCACUGGAGAAGGUGUCGGACCCGUGAACAUCUCCGUGGUCUCCUCCUCUGGAGGCACAGGCGGCCUCUGUGUGGGCGGGAGCUGUGUGGGCGGGAGCGGCUACAGCAGCGGCCUCUGCUAUGGCGGUGGCAGCGGGGGCUUCAGUUCCACCAGUGGCCGCAACAUGGGUGGCAGCACCUCCAGCAUGCGCAUCAUCUCCAAGACGUCAUCCACCAAGAAGAGUUAUAGGAGCUAA